AUGGCUGCUAAUAUGUCCUCUCCCUUUCUUACUCGUCUUAUGCCCGAGUUACGCCUCAAGGUGUACGAAUAUGUGGUCUGCUAUGACCGUAACACCCCACUGACGUUGGUCCCUGGCUAUCUUUCCAAACGGGUAACCACAGACUGCAAACCGCCGGCGCUUCUCCUGGUCAACAAGCAAAUCCGAGAUGAAAUGAUUCCCCUUCUCACCAGCGAUUUCUUCUACAGAAACAACACCUUCAAGAUAGUGCAGUUGGACAUCAUCCACCAGAGCAACCUCAUCUAUGGCACCACACCCGGUAGAGCACUUUCACCACCAAGAGGGGUCGCCAUUGAAAGCACCAACCUGGGUCCAAUCUUCAACCUUCUUGAGGACAUCAACCAAUUUUCACGUUACGCGCCAAACGUCGAAGAAUUGACAGUCACUUUUGAUCGAUCUGCCCUUCUCAUCAAUGCUACCAUUGCUUUGGGUAGAGCAUGCACGCCAGAUCCCUUCCACUCAGACCAAGAGGAGGGGUUUCUCCCUCCCUUGUUCCUCUCGAUCGCUGUCCUGACGCCUUGCGCUUCGGUUGUUGAAACCAACCCGGCAGGAUACUCCAACUACGACCCAGCCCUCGAUGCCAUCAUAUCCGUCUCCUCGCAAGCCGGUUUAGACGAUCUUGUCAACCGCUCCAACAUGCCGACCCGCCGGGUUCCCCUCCUGACUUCUCCAGCUCUCAAGAAAGUCACCUUGGUCGGCCGCAUUCCUGAUUUCUGCAUCCCUAUCAUCGAAGGCUACAGAUGCGGUCUGGGAAACGGCCGCUGGGUGAAGACUUUGACCAGUCACAACAAAGAUGAGCCAGCGGUGGACCUCACUGGAACAAACGUCACGUACGUGUGGAGUGCUCCCUCGAUUGAACCGACGCCAUAG